AUGGGUUUAGCUACGGUAAUAGAAAAUGAAGCUCAUUUUCAAUCUGAAAUGGCUAAUGCUGGUACAAAGCUAGUAGUUGUGGAUUUCACUGCUACUUGGUGCCCACCAUGCCAACGAAUCGCACCCUUCUUUGAACAGCUUCCAGCUAAAUUUCCUCGGGCAGUUUUUCUUAAAGUGGAUGUUGAUAGAUGCGCAGAAACAGCGAGCGCACAGGGUAUCAGUGCAAUGCCUACCUUCAUAUUUUACAAGAACCGGACGAGGAUUGAUCGGCUACAGGGCGCAGAUCCUGCAACUCUAGAAAAUAAAGUAAGACAUUACUAUGGAAGUGAAGACACUGGUGAAGAUGAUAAUGCAGUUGCUGGACAUAUGGAUUUGGGUACAUUUAUAGUCAAGAAUGAAUGUGAAUGCUUAAAUGAAGCAGAUGACCACCCAUUAGCUCAUGCUCUUACAAGUGGCGGAGGAUAUCUUGCCAGUGACUGUGAUGAACAACUGAUUAUUAAUAUAUCUUUUAAUCAGAUUGUUAAACUACAUUCCCUAAAAAUGAAAGCUCCUCAUGAUAAAGGCCCCAAGGUGGUGAAAAUAUUCAUUAAUCAACCUAGAACACUGGAUUUUGAUCAGGCCGCUGCAAAUGCUUCAGUGCAAGAUUUGGAGUUAUCUCCAAAUGAUUUGGAGGGGAAUCCAAUUCCUCUGAAAUUCGUUAAAUUCCAGAAUGUUCAAAACAUCCAAUUGUUUAUAAAAGACAACCAGUCUGGUGGAGAAGUGACUCAGAUAGAUCACCUUGCUUUCUAUGGAUCACCAAUCUCAACUACUAAUAUGGGUGAAUUCAAAAGGGUUGCAGGUAAAAAGGGCGAGAGUCAC